AUGAGGACGACUAAGAGAACUAAGAAGGCCGGGAUUGUUGGAAAAUAUGGUACCCGCUAUGGUGCCAGUCUGCGUAAGCAGAUAAAAAAGAUGGAGGUUAGUCAACACAGCAAGUAUUUCUGCGAAUUCUGUGGGAAGUAUGCUGUGAAGAGGAAGGCUGUUGGAAUUUGGGGAUGCAAGGACUGUGGGAAAGUCAAAGCAGGUGGUGCCUACACAUUGAACACUGCUAGUGCUGUGACAGUGAGGAGCACAAUCCGCAGGCUGAGGGAGCAAACUGAGAGCUGA